AUGUCUAUGUUUGAGGAUGUCACCCGGGCCCUGACUAGACAGCUGAACCCUCGAGGGGAUCUGAUGCCCCUAGACAGCCUCAUGGACUUCAAACGCUUCCGUCCCUUCUGCCUGGUGCUGAGGAAGAGGAAGAGCACACCGUUGUGGGGAGCCCGCUAUGUCUACACCGACUACACUCUCCUGGAUUUGCUGGAGCCGGGCAGCUCCCCCUCAGAUCCAACACUCCUUGGCAAUUUUAGCUUUACGAAUAUGCUGGAUGCCAAAGUAGAGGGAGAUGUGGUCGUGCCAAAGACGAUGCAGGUAAAGGGGACUGCAGGUCUGUCACAAAGCAGCACACUGGAGGUGCAGACGCUCAGCGUGACUCGAAAGGCUCUGGAGAAUUUGUACAAGGAGAGGAAACUGUCAGGAGACCACUCGUUCCUGAAGGAGAUGCGGGAAUACGGGAAGAACCUCUAUGUAGUGAUGGAAGUGGUAGAAGCCAAGCAGGAAGUCACUCUGGAGCGAGCUGUCAAGGCAGAGGGCUGCUUCUCUCUCCCCUUAUUGGCCUCACUGGGACUACAGGGAUCCAUGAAUGACAAGAGUGUAGUAACCAUCCCCAAGGACUGCGUCCUGGCCUAUCGAGUGAAACAACUGAUGGUCUAUGGGAACAAUAAGUGGGACAUCCCACACACUUGCAACGACAGCAGGCAAACCUUUAAGCCCACGAUCACGCCUCGAAGCCUCGACAAAUCUGCCCAGAAGUUAUCUGUGAUCCAGGCAUCUGAUGUUAGAAAGACGCACGCAGACUUCAAGACAUUUAAAAAAGAGGUUCAGGGAGAGACUCAAGAAGUGGAGAAGUUGAGUCCAGUGGGGCGAAGCUCCCUACUCACUUCCCUCAGCCAUCUCCUAGGAAAGAAGACAGAGCUCCAGGACCUUGAGCAGAAGCUUGAAGAGGAUUUAGACAAGGAACAGGAAGUGACCCUGGAAGCACUGCCCAAAGAUGUCCUGCUGUCGAAGGACGCUAUGGACGCCAUCCUCUACUUCCUCGGGGCUCUGAUAGAGCUAAGUGAAGAACAACUGAAGAUUCUAGUAAAAUCCAUGGAGAACAAGGUCCUACUGGUGCAACUGAAGCUGGUUGAGAGCAUCUUGGAGCAGAACUUCCUGCAGGAUAAAGAGGGUGUUUUCCCCCUGCGACCUGAUCUGCUCUCCUCCCUCGGGGAGGAGGAACUGAUCCUAACGGAAGCACUGGUGGGACUAAGCGGCCUGGAAGUCCAGAGAUCAGGCCCCCAGUACACGUGGGAUCCAGACACUCGCCACAACCUCUGUGCCCUCUAUGCUGGUCUCUCCCUCCUUCAGCUGCUAAGCAAGGAUGCCUAAUGCACCUUCUCUGCCUGCUGCCCUAAUGCCUUCCCAGCCUUACUGUGCUCUGUCUGUAACACUCCAAGACACUACAGAGCCUCCAGGCUGAGGACAACUGAAAUGCCAGCUCAUCCACAGUCUCCAAGUUCCUUCUGCCUCACCAUCUAUCUCUCUCCUCUGUCCUCCAGCUCAGCACCCAAUAAGCCCAUCUCUUGAUGCUUAAAUCCUGAAGAUACAGAAUCAUUC